CCAUUAAGCUAGGUAAAAGAAAAGGUGCAUAAAGGCUAAAAGAAGUUAAAUAAGCUGAUAGUAGUAAAUACACGUUUCACCGGUCUGACUCUGUGAAUAUCACUUAAAGCAGUGUGCCGUCAAAAUGAGAGGUUCUUAUGGAGACAGAGAUCGGGACCGUGGCCGUGACAGAGGAGGAAAUACUCGUUUUGGGUCAAACAGAGGUGGUCCACCACUGGGCAAAAAGUUUGGGAACCCUGGAGAGCGUUUGCGAAAGAAGAGAUGGGACCUGAAUGAGCUUCCCAAAUUUGAGAAGAACUUCUACACUGAACAUCCUGAAGUGCAGCGAAUGGGCCAGUAUGACAUUGAGGACUAUCGACGAAAGAAGGAAAUUACUGUUCGAGGUUCAGGCUGCCCAAAACCAGUGGCCAACUUCCACCAAGCACAAUUUCCUCAAUAUGUUAUGGAUGUGCUGAUGCAGCAGAACUUCAAGGAGCCCACAGCCAUCCAGGCACAGGGUUUUCCUGUGGCCCUCAGUGGAAGAGACAUGGUGGGAAUUGCUCAGACUGGCUCUGGGAAAACCUUGUCGUAUCUCCUGCCUGCCAUUGUGCACAUCAACCAUCAGCCUUACUUGGAGCGAGGAGAUGGGCCUAUUUGCUUGGUUCUGGCCCCCACCAGAGAACUUGCACAGCAAGUCCAGCAGGUGGCGUAUGACUAUGGAAAAUCAUCCCGCAUCAAAAGCACUUGUGUGUAUGGUGGCGCACCGAAGGGACCUCAGAUCCGGGACCUGGAGAGAGGUGUUGAGAUCUGCAUUGCCACUCCGGGUCGUCUGAUUGACUUUCUUGAGGCUGGAAAAACAAAUCUGCGCCGUUGCACAUAUUUAGUUCUGGAUGAGGCUGACCGUAUGCUGGACAUGGGUUUUGAGCCCCAGAUUCGCAAGAUUGUUGACCAGAUCAGGCCUGACAGGCAGACCCUGAUGUGGAGCGCAACCUGGCCUAAAGAGGUUCGCCAGCUGGCUGAAGAUUUCCUGAAGGACUACAUCCAGAUCAAUGUUGGAGCUCUGGAACUCAGCGCCAAUCACAACAUUCUUCAGAUAGUUGAUGUCUGUAUGGAAAAUGAGAAGGAAAACAAACUGAUCCAGCUGAUGGAGGAGAUUAUGGCUGAGAAGGAGAAUAAGACCAUCAUCUUUGUGGAGACAAAGAAACGCUGUGAUGAUCUCACGCGUAGGAUGAGGCGAGAUGGGUGGCCUGCCAUGUGCAUUCAUGGAGACAAGAACCAACCAGAGAGAGACUGGGUGCUAACAGAAUUUCGCAGCGGCAAAGCUCCCAUCCUCAUUGCUACCGAUGUGGCCUCACGUGGUCUAGACGUGGAGGAUGUCAAGUUUGUCAUCAAUUAUGACUACCCCAACUCAUCUGAGGAUUACAUCCAUCGCAUUGGCCGGACGGCCCGCAGCACCAACAAAGGCACAGCAUACACCUUCUUCACUCCAGGGAACCUCCGCCAGGCCCGCGAGCUGAUCCGGGUGCUGGAAGAGGCCCGGCAGGCCAUCAAUCCCAAACUGCUGCAGCUGGUCGACACUGGCCGAGGAGGAGGUGGCCGGCCUCGUUUCCGUGGCAACUCCAAUUCUAACAACCCCAACCUCAUGUACCAGGAUGAGUGUGACCGGCGAAUGCGCUCUGUGGGUAGCGGUAAGGACAGCCACGAGGGCAACAGCAGCAGCUACGGCAGAGUCGGGCGCGGAGGGAGCAGCCGCGACGUCGAUAACUCCUCCUCCUACAGAGAUCGUAGCAACAGGGAUGGAGGGCGGAGCUACUCCACCAACAACAACCAGUACCAGAACAGCAGCAGCAGUCAGUAUGGUGGCUUGAGGGGCGGGUCUGGGCCAGUGGGUGGGGGAAUGUCCCAGCCCCCAAAACUGCCAUUAUCAACUCCUAAACCUCUGAUGGCCCAACAGUUCAACCCCCCUAAAACCAUGAUGGGCCUGAUGGGCCACUCCCCCUUCCAGUUUUCUCCGCCGCUGCAGCCCUCCAGCAGAAAAUAAUAUGAACAGAGUCACUCAGAUCAGUCUUAAAUUUUAGUCACAAAUGUUUUCUGAGCCUUUGAGGGUUCAUGUUUAAAUCAGUAUUCCAGUUCUGAGCUGGUACAGGUCGAGGCACAAAUCAGUACAUUUUUCAACAUCAAAGCAGUUUUAAGACGUGUAGCGAGUUCCAAAUUUUAACUGACAAGUCCUUGCCAGUUCUAUCUGUUUACCAAAACUUGAUGUACCUCAUUACUUUUUUUUUGUAGAACUGUUUUUGUGUUGAGGUUCUUGAUGCUGCUGUAGAGGAUUCGUAGUGUCUUCGUUUGCCUUUAAGU